AUGGUUCGUACCAAGCAAACCGCUCGUAAACCUACUGGUGGCAAGGCCCCAAGAAAGCAGCCGCUAUCAAGGCCGCUAGCAAGUCAGCAGCGGCUACCGGUGGUAAAGUCGCUUUUCGUGAGAUCGGUCGUUAUCAGAAGUCGACCGAGCUGCUCAUCCGCAAAUUGCCGUCUCCGCGCCCGGUCUGUGAAAUCGAUCAGGAUCUCAAUAGCGCUUACAGUCCGCUCCAAACGCUCAGCAUCAAUGGUUCGUACCAAGCAAACAGCUCGUAAAUCUACUGAUGGUAAGGCCCCACGAAAGCAGCUGGCUAUCAAGGUGCUAGCAAGUCAGCACCGGCUACCGGUGGUGUAA